AUGGAUACAAACAAGGACCAAAAUGAAUGCUUAAAAGCACCAAUAUCUAAGGAUGUAUUGAAAUAUAGCCUGGAUACUUCAAUACUAUUUCAGGCCGUGAAAAAUCCAAAGGGAGUCCCACAAAAUGAGUGGAUUGCACAGAAGGCUAUGGAUUUAUUUAGAGAUGCUCAAGUUGCUUGGGGUUUUGUAAGCAAUUCAUGUCACUGUCCACUAAUGAGAGCUCAUUUCAUGGUAUUUAAAUGGCAAGACAAUCCUCAUAAAGCUGCAGUACCACUACCAGCUACAAUUUAUGUGAAAUCCUUAUUUCAUUGGAUUGAUGACCAGAUUGCAAAUACUAGUUUAUUUCCUUUAAAACCAGGAGUCCCAUUUUCAAAUGAUUUUUUAUUUAUAGUAAAGAAUCUUUUACGUCGUUUAUUCAGAGUAUACAGUCAUAUUUAUUGUCAUCAUUGGCCUUAUAUAGAAUCUAUAGUAGCUGGGGCUCAUGUGAAUUAUUGUUUAAAACAUUUCGUAUUUACAUGCAUACAGAAUAAUAUUUUGGACUUUAAUGAAUUAAAGCCUUUAGAAGAAUUAGCUCAAUAUAUAAUGGAGGAUGCGACAAGCAACUCGUUGAAAAUUAGACAUAUUCCCAAUUUGUUACAAAAUAUAGGGAAUAAUGAUAAAAAUUUAAGGAAUAGUCAGGAUAAUAAUGUAACUGAAUUAAAUUCUCCGGAUACUCAUAUCCCAUCAACUAGUAGUUUACUGACAGAUUCUCCUCUUUUUGAAGAUACAACUGCAUUGGGAGAGACUCUAAGUCCAGAAUCGCUUAAGGGAGAACAAAAAAGAUUACAAGAGAAUUUAACCUCUAAGAUAAAUGCAAAAAUAUCCGGAGGUAACCCAUCUAAUAAAUACCAAAUAUCAAAAAAAAAUACUUCAAUGACAAGGGUAAAUAAGAAUAUAUCAAACUUAAUCCCAUUUUCAAUAUCACCUUUAACAGAACGGAAAAGGAUUCCAUCUGUGUGUAGUGACAGCAUUGUUGUUACUGGGGAUCAUCAUCGAAAUGAUAAAUCUAGUACUAAAGAAAAUUCCAGAAAAACAAAAACUUAUCCUUGGACAGAAUUUGCUAAGAAGUUAAUUUUAUGCACAAAGAAAAAGAAGAAAGACUUGAAACUUUAG